AUGGGGUUGUGCAAAUGUCCUAAGAAGAAGGUGACUACAUUAUUCUGCUUUGAACACACUGUUAAUGUCUGUGAACAUUGCCUUGUCUCUGAUCAUCCUAGGUGCAUCGUUCAGUCCUAUUUGAGAUGGUUGCAAGAUAGUGACUAUGAUCCGACUUGUCGACUCUGUGGAAAGAAUCUGGCUGAUGAUAGCUGCGGACCCUGCGUCAGACUCGUCUGCUAUGAUGUGUUUCACUGGUCUUGUUUAAACAACUACGAGAACUCUCUGCCGGCGAACACGGCACCUGCAGGUUACACAUGUCCCCUCUGUUCAGUUUGCGUAUUCCCUCCUUCGAAUGCGUCUUCACCCGUAAUCGACGAACUUGUCAAGUUACUUUCAACUGUCAACUGGGCUAGAGCUGGUCUUGGCCUCCCAUUGAUUGAAGAGAGGCAAUUGACCCAAGAUAAACCUCAACUGAUGAUAGCACAAAAUGGUUCGCUAUCAAAUUCACUUCCUCCUCCUCUUCCUCUCUCUGCCCCUCACAUGAACUCCACAUCUCCCCUGCCUGCUUACAUCGCUUCUUCAUACCAGCUUCAAAGCACAUCUGCAUCCCCGGCGACAUCCAAUAUGACGUCAUCAACCUUAUCCAAAGUGGAUGACUCCAUUCCUUACCCAAGAAUCGUCGAGAAGAAUGAUCUGUUUCUAUCUGGUUAUCAUAUUACUCAUUUUUUCUUGUUGGAAUAUUUGUUAUUGAUUCAAAAAUUUGACCACGACAUGGACAAGUAUAAGAGAAGACCAGCCAUGCAGUGGUUCUCUAGAUGGCUCAGGUACCAGCACGGUGGUCGACUACGCACGCAACCAUCUUCGAAGAUCAAACGCUACACAAUUAUGCUGUUCAUAUUCCUCAUCGCAUUCGUCACCAUUGUCCUAAUCUUCAACGAGUUAGGCAAACAUUCCACUGAAGAUGAUCCACUAUUGGAUCCAAUGGCCAACCCUAACAUCCGGGUUCAACAAUAA